GCAUUGAAUGUUAACAGUUAAUGAAGUAUUCAUUCAACACUAAUUUGUAGGGGAUGAAUAAAGUUAAUAAUAUUACAAUGGAUUUGAUAAUGAUGCAGGUUUUAUGACCAAAGUAACAUCUAUAAACACAUAUCCUUGUACUGUAAGGUAUUCAAAGAUCCUCGAACACAAUGUUGAUUAAGGAGUACAGAAUAUGUAUGCCAUUGACUGUGGAGGAGUACCGCAUAGGUCAGCUGUACAUGAUCGCCAAACAUAGCCAUGAGCAGUCUGAGAAAGGUGAGGGUGUAGAAAUAGUCAAGAAUGAAGUGUGUCAUGACCCAGUUAGAGGUGUUGGACAGUACACAGAGAAGAGAAUUCAUUUAUCAAAUCAUUUGCCAUCAUGGAUUCGAGCUUUAAUACCCAAAGUGUUCUAUAUAACAGAGAAAGCGUGGAACUAUUAUCCCUACACUAUUACAGAGUACACAUGUUCAUUUUUACCAAGGUUCAACAUUUACAUAGAAACUCGCUAUGAAGAUAAUGCUGGGAUAUCAGAAAAUUGUCUCCAGUUGUCUCAAGAAGAGUUGGAUAAAAGAGAAAUUGACUUUGUUGAUAUUGUACUGGACCCACUACCAGCCAAACAUUAUAAGGAGAGCGAGGAUUUAACAAGGUUCAAGUCAAUAAAAACAGACAGAGGACCCUUGCAGAAAAACUGGGCAUCCGACAGUUCUCCAGUCAUGUGCUCUUACAAGUGUGUGAAAGUGAAGUUUGAAGUGUUUGGACUACAGGGUAAAGUCGAGUCCUUCACUCACAAGACUGUUCGUGACAUUCUUCUAUUGGGACACCGUCAAGCUUUUGCAUGGGUAGAUGAAUGGAUAGAAAUGUCCAUGGAGGAUCUGCGGAAUUAUGAAAUGCAUACCAAUGAAGCUACCAAUAAAAAAGUUAUGGAGUCUUAGCAUCAUUCCUUCCUGUUGCGAUUCCUCUCUGACUCAUCAGGGAAAAAAGCUGUUGAUAAAAUAACAUUGUCCCUCAAUGUUGUGUAUUUUAACGAAGCCCUCAAUUAGUCCCCACCAACAAUGGUAGAGUAGAUAGAUUUUUAUAAAACCAAAUUUAUUUUUUAACCGUAAAUGCACCAUUUAAUUUCUUCAUUUUAUUUUGACAUAACGUUUUAAACCAUGUAUUAUUGACGAUUUUAUUUCAUAUAAAGUAGUUUGUUAUAGUAUUCAUGAAAAUGUUAUAAAAUUAUUAUUUUUUUUUUUCACAUACAAUUUAAAAGAUGAUCAUUUUGAUCGUAACUAAUUUAAAAAUGGCAUAGAGUUGACAUUCAACUUAUUAUACCUUUUUGUUGUUGUUUUUUUUUUCCCUAAGAAAAUUCUCAUUAGCAAAUUUCUGACUAAGAAGUUUGACUGUGAUAGUCCCUAUGUGAUAACUGUUUUUCCUAGCUUUUGGUUCAUUAAUGUUUCUGUUUGGUUCAUCUCAAUUCUUGUUGCUGUGGACUUUUUUUUUUUUUUUUACCUUAUUUCUUAUUGCUAUGGUCAUUUCCCCCCUUAUUUCUUGUUGCAAUGGUCAUUUUUCACUUUAUUUCUUAUUGCUAUUGUCAUUUUCCCGCUUAUUUUUUGUUGCCCUAUAGUCAUUUUUUUACUUUAUUUCUUGUUGCUAUGGUCAUUCUUCACUUUAUUUCUUGUUGCUAUGGUCAUUCUUCACUUUAUUUCUUGUUGCUAUGGUCAUUCUUCACUUUUUUUCUUGUUGCCAUGGUCAUUCUUCACUUUAUUUCUUGUUGCUAUGGUCAUUCUUCACUUUAUUUCUUGUUGCCAUGGUCAUUCUUCACUUUAUUUCUUGUUGCCAUGGUCAUUCUUCACUUUAUUUCUUGUUGCCAUGGUUAUUCUUCACUUUAUUUCUUGUUGCCAUGGUCAUUCUUCACUUUAUUUCUUGUUGCUAUGGUCAACUUAUUUCUGAUCUCUCAACUGGCAGAUACUGGUGCAGCUCACCCAUCAUAUUGUUUUAUCUAUAAAUACAUGCACUGACCUAUCUGUCUUGCCAAAACUUACAGUGUUACAUAAUUAGUAAUUUUUUUUUAUGUUGGCAUUUUGAAAGUAAAUUGGUUAGCUGUCAUUGUUGCAUCUAAUUUUGUCUGGAGAUACAUGAGACUAGUCUGUUCAUGUUGGUGCUGUGUACAUUCCUGCCCCAUUUUUAAAAGUCAGCCUGGGUUUAAGAGACUAGUUUGUACAUAUUGGUGCUUUGUACUUAGUUAAUGCAUAUUUUGAAAGCCAGCCUGGGUUUAGCUGAUUGUUUCAUGAAAUUGAUGUGGUGCUUUUAAUAACAUUUGUUUCAAUGCACUUUGAACUUUGAUAUCAAUCUUUAGGUAGAUUUGAUAUAGGUACUCACUUCAACUGUCAGUGUAUUCUCAGUGGUUGGCAUAUAAGACUGAGGGCUGCUUAUGUUUCUUGGAUUGUUAUUAUGGCAGUAUUACUUCUCCUAUCACAAGUUUAGUGCCACUAGCAGGGUGAUGUUUACUUCUGUGAAUAUAAUGGCUCUUUUCCUUUCAUUGUUUUCAACUAUAAAAUGUUCAUGAGUAUAUCAAUGCGCCACCUCUCAGGACCUUAAGAUAGAAAGACAACCAAUGAUUUAAUAUUGUAUCAUUACUGUAGCUAUCAGUAUUAAUGGAACUGAUGUACUUUGUUUUACUUUUGAACAAAUUAAUCUAUUGAUCAAAUCAUUUUGAAUCAUGUAACAUUUUGUUUUUAACCCUAAUUGUAGUUGGCAACAUUUUACUUGCAUUUUAAAUUGUUUUAUAUUUUUAACCCAUUUCUGGUUAGGAAAAACCCUUCCCACACCUUAAGCAGAGGGAUAACUCUGAAUAAAAGAAUCCUAAAAAAAAUAAAUAUUUUGAAAAAAUAAUCAAAUUCAAGAUCUAAUACUAAUAAAUAAACAAACAACUUAAAAAAAUAGAAUGUCUAGUUUAAAGAAAUAUAUACUUUUAAUACCUGUACAAUAUAAAAAAAAAAUACUCAUUUUCCCAGGUGGGGUCUUACAUACUGGGGCUAUGGGCCUAAUCGUUUCAAAAAAUAGAAUCAGCAACCUCCAAAAUGAUUUGUAAUUAUGCUUGCAAGCAUAUUGAAAAGGGGAUUUUAGAAACAUUUUACAACGGUUUAGGACAAAAAUGAGAAAACAUUCUUGACUACAGAAGGAGCUAAUGGGUUAAUCUGUAAUUUUCUUUUCUUCAAUUUUUACUUUUUAAAAAAAAAAAUUGAAACUCUUCACUAUUAGUAAAUUUCUUUGAAGUUUUGUGCUACAUUAGAAAUGAUUGUUUGAUGCCUUAUUACCCAGAAAUAGUGCAGAGGUCACCAACAUGUGGUGCCUAGCGGCAGAUAUUUCUUAGAGCUUUAGAAUGCAUGCUACUUAGAGCAGCGGUUCUCAACCUUUUAAUCUCGGUGACCCCUUUUUACAAUCUCCCACUCUGCCACGACCCCCCCCCUCCAACACACACAUACAGCUAUAGAAGAGUAGGCAAAAACAAUCCAUAGUUUCGAUGGUCUUACGCGACCCCUGGCAAAUGGUCACAGGUUGAGAACCCCUGACUUAGAGCAAAAUGUACAUCCUAACUUUGGCUUAGGUCAAGGGUUUUGUUCUUCAGUUGGAUAGGAAAGACAUUGUUAUGAUUGUUUUUACGAAAAACUUAGAUGUGAAAAUAUAAAUUAAUACUCCAUAUUCCAUAAUGUAUUUCAAUACAUAAACAAACCCAGUAAAUUACCUUUUAUGGGUAUUCUACAAUUUCAAUGUUCAUUAUCAAUUUUAAUUCUGUAUAAUUUCUUGUCCUUUUGUUUUAAUUUGAAAAUACACAUUUCUUAACUUUGUUUAUAUUUGUUAAUGAAAAAACACAUUUCUUAACUUUGUUUCUAUUUGUUAAUGAAAAAGCUUAUCGCUUAACUUUGUUUCUAUUUGUUAACGAAAGAUUUUAUAGAAUUUUUAGAAGUUGUUUUAAUUUGAACAGAAUCUCAUCACAAAAUUUCUUGCAUUACUCUCAUGGUAGUUCUAAAGUUGUGAUCUUUAUAGAGCUAGGAUAACCUUAGAUUUGAACAUUUUCAUCCCAAGUGCCAUACAAGCAAAGAAAAGACUUGCCAGGAAAACAUUAGAGAUUGUUUAAUUGCAGAAGUGACUCUCUGUUUGACUUAUUAAGCAAACUCAACUGUUUUUUUUUUUUUGUUACUCCUGUGACAGACCGUUUUUUUUUUUUUUUGUUAUUAUUCUUCUUUUUAAGCUUUUUUUUUUUAGAAUACCUCUAUUCAACUCAUAACUUCAUGGAAACAAAAACCUACAGGACACGGAUGUAGAAAAGGACUCCAAAGAUUUUUCUAGAAAUUUGACAGUUGCUGUAUAUUGCUGGGAAAAGAAUUAGUAGCUUGUUGGCCUCAUGAGGGAAGCUCUAGUUUGACUGUUAAAAGUUAAAAAAAAAAGAUUAAAUUUGACAAGAAAAUGAGAAAAUAUUUAUCUUGAAUGGACUAAAUGUCUUCAGGUAUUUCCAAAUUCGUCGAACAGUAUAAUAAAUAAAUGUUCAAGAAAAUUUUGUGUAUCUUCUUCUAAGUCUAGAUCUAAAGGCCUAUCAAUAUUAUAAAGUCUAGUAGAUCUAUAUAUUCGCUUAACCAGGGGGAAUUGUUUUUUAAUGUAACAGGCAUUAGUUAUUAAGAAAAACAAACGCUCUAUAAGUUGUAUAAAGGAGUAUUGUCUUUAAAAAAAAGUAUUUUUAAUGUUUUUUUCUUGUUUAAAUCUUAGGCGUCUGCUUAGCUUUGAAUUGAGAACACAGACCUCUGUUUGCAAUCAUGCAUGAAUGAUUUUGUAUGCACUUCUUCAGUAUUUUACCCCGGUUGACUUGCUAUAGAAAGGUUCUUUGGAGUCCACAUCUUUCGAAACUUUUCACUGGUACAGUGGGCUGAAGGAAUUCAGUUCACUCCUACAGUAUAAAUAAUGCAGCUUGUAUAUAAAGUAGUCCAAUGAGAGCUUUAACACUGAUAGGCAGUAUUUACCUUUCUAUAUUUUAAAUAGCAGCAUACUAGUUUUAACAUCACUUAUUGAAUUAUUUGUUUCAUUUCUUUAUUCUUUUUUUUUUAACCUUCUGCACAUUCCCAGUUUUCAAUAUGAUCAAUGUAAUUUAUUCUGUUGUUUGUUCCUGGUGAUUUUUAUCUCAUAUUUUUAUUUGUUCUAUUUUCUUAUAGAUUAACGUUUUUUCAGUAUUUUGUAAAAUUAAAUUAAGUUUUCAUUAAUGUAUGUUUUUGAACAAAAGGAAAAGAUUGAUUUUGUAAAAAAUAAAAUAGCAUCUAAUAUAUACUCAAGAGCUUGUCUCAGGGCUUUAUACAUUGUAUGAAAUAUUUAUAAUAGUUUCAAAGGUUGUCAUGGCCAGGGGUGUCAAUGGGGUUAGGCUCCCAUUGUCUAUAAAAUACUCCUAAUGGCAUGCGUCUCAAAUAGCCUCUGACAACUAAGUCCAGCACCUGGCCUGCUCGUGUGGCUUAGAUAUUAAGCCCGGCAAAACUGCUCUUACUAACAGGUGAGGGUGUGAAGGCGGAUACCUGGCGCCAUAAUAAUAGUUCUAGGGUUUUAUUAUGUUGGUUAACCUACCCUUAUCUGGCCCAUAACUUUUGCCGAAUUUACAGGGGAUGCCUACAACACAAAAACAUCUCACACAAUGAUUAAGAGCUGACUCAUUUUGAAACUAGAAAAACUAGCAGCAUUGAUUGGUUGUUGUGUAAUUCCAAUAGCCACUGUCUAUUUAAAAAACUUUUCUUUCAUCUGAAAAUAUUUUACAGCCAUCUGUCAAAUGCUUUCACUUCUGUAUUUAUAUUGUAUUUAAGAAGUGCAUGUUGAAACUCUUACAAGGCCAGAAUUUGUAUUUCUCAGUAUCACUAUAUAGCUGACAUCUGUCUAAUCCUUUUAUCUCUGUGUUAAUAUUGUAUUUAAGAAGUGCUUAUUGAAACUCUUACAAUGCCAGAAUGAGGUAUUUCUGAGUAUCACUAUAUAGCUGACACUUUUGUAUUACUCUAGGGCUUAUUGUUUUGACCAUGACAUACGAAAUACUGUUGCUCAAUCUUUUUGUCCAUGCGUUUAUUUUAUCAGUGGUUUUAAAAAAUUGUGUAUGUGUGAUUUUGAAAUGUUUAUUAUUUUGGUGUGUGGUGAUCCAUUCAAUUAGUUAUAGCCCAGUUUAUCCCUUACAAGAUACAUACAGUUUAUCCCUUACAAGAUACAUACAGUUUAUCCCUUACAAGAUACAUACAGUUUAUCCCUUACAAGAUACACACAGUUUAUCCCUUACAAGAUACAUAGUUUAUCCCUUACAAGAUACAUACAGUUUAUCCCUUACAAGAUAGCACUAGUGAGAAGGGAAACUUAUAAUUGGUUAUUGGAAAACAAAUAUAAAAGAAUGAGCCUGUUUGGUAAAUAUAUUGUGUUUAACUAGAUUCACUGUGCGUCUUGAGUGCAGUGUCUUCUCUUGUUGUCUCAUCCUUUUAUUAUUUGGUAAGAUUUGUAUUCACUUUGAAAUGGCAACUAUAAUCAUGUGUGUGUGUGUGUGCUCUCACUAUAACAGAGUGUGUCUUGUGUGACACCAUGAUACUGUCACUGCUAUAGGAAAAAAAAUAAAUCUAGAUGUUGCACACC